UUGAUUGGUUGUACGGUUUUGGCGACCAAUUUGAACAGAAAAAUUUAUGAAAACAACACGAGAGGACGCUACCACGAUUAUUCUACAGAGUAGACUAAUCAGAUCGAUUCAACAACACGUCGCUAUAUUUUAAUGUUCAUGUACCCCAAUGAAGUGUUACGAUUACCGAUAUUUGUUUCAAAUAAUCAUUUUUCAUUGAAGAAAGAUGCCUGGAAUACCAGUACAUACAUUUUACCCACGGAUACCCAAUAAGUCUUGUGCAAUUUCAAAUUUGGAGAAAAGAAAUCAUGACCUUGAAAUUGACCUUAAGUUUCGUACUCAGAGUGUAACAAGUACACCCUAUCAGAAGCUUAACUAUGGCCACCAUCCUUCCCUGUCUCCUGUGGACGACAGUGGGUACACCUCAAUCACAAGUUGUGGGACUAUUGACAAUUCUGCUGUCCAAGAAUUUCAAACACCAAUUUCUGGGUUUUUCCAACAUCCUGGCCGUCAGCUAGCAUUUACUCCACUUAGCCCAGUCCCAUGUGAAAGAACAGUCGAGUACCAUCCAUCAUUUUCUGAAGUAAGCAGCCGAUUUGAUAGCGAACAUGAUCGGGACUGGGAAAUUCCCGAAGACAAAGUUAAAUUUAAUCUGUCCUACAGAUCAAUACCGCAAUAUAGACUCAACUUUGAUGAGGGUGAAGAUGAAGUUGAUGAUUGUUUUGAAGAUGAAAGUAUUUGUGACUUGAAAAAAACAAGUUUCAUGAAAAGUCCAGUUAGUGAUUAUCAUGAUCAUGAAUCAGAUAAAUUGUUGACAGACUCUCCACAUUCCCGACUGAGCUUUGAAUGUGAUCAGAAAGUUCCAUGUGAUUGCCAAUGUACAAACAACACAUAUAUGUCGGAAGAGAGCGAACUUAUCUCUACAAGCGCCAGUCUAAAUGCUUCAAGUCUUGCAGACCGCUUCAAUGAAGUGUUACAAAAAUUUUCACCGAAGGAACCUGAUCGUUUGAUUGGUCGGAAGAUGGGACUUCUUUGUGUGGACAUUGUGUUUGAAUUGUCAAUGCGGAAUAUUUCUGCGUUAUCUGUGAUAUUUGGUUAUUUGGAUCCACAAGACCUUUGCAGUUUCUGUCAAGUAAGCAAGGACUGGAAGUCUAUCUGUGACGAGGACAAAAAGGUGACAGGUCGUCGUGUCCAGUACAUACAACAACAACGAAACGCUUGCUCCAACAAACUAGAGAAGGAAAAUUUAGGAAAACGUCUGGAACAUCGUUCAGAAAGAGGCUUAACAGAAGGAGAGCGUACGUUUGGCAUGUUACAACAGACAGUGUCUUCUUCAAAAGCCAACAAUCAAGUUCCAGAGAACCUGUUCCACUCGGUUGCAUCCACUCUCAAAAACUACGAGAGUCUCCGAAGAUGUCCCGAAGUGUCAGGGUCCAUCAAAAGUACUGGAGGUCCAGGAACGAGGCAUGUGUGUCCAGACCGAUUGUGGGUUCGACUUUUGUGUCAAGUGCCUGAACAAUUUUCACUUUGAGCAGGCCUGUGUUCCAACAUCUGCCAAAAGACCAAAGACUUCCAUCGGCAGUCGAAAAAGUAAAAAGAACUUGAGGCGCUUAUAGCAUUAGUUAAACUUGCUCUGCAAGUCAAACUAAAUGAUGAGAAUGGAAGGUCAUAUAAACCUCUGAAUUCUCAUGAAGGAAGUUCAAAAGGUGCUAGCCGGAAGAAGCAACAAGAAAAUGGCAAAUAUGGUGCAGCCACAAGGAUAUGGACAUCUUCAUUUGCAUGUGUCGUGCAAUUGCUAACUGGGCAGUCAGCAUAGCAACAUGUUCAACUGAAUCUUUACAUCAUCAUCCAACAGUUACAGGCAAUGUGAUUGGCUGUAUCUGUGACAUCAUUAAUCAACCAACUGUAACAGGUCAUUUGAUUGGCUGUAUCUGUGACAUCAUUAACAAACCAACUGUAAUAUGUCAUUUGAUUGCCUCUUCCAGUGACAUCAUCACAUACACCAGUAACACCACAGUAACAGGCAAUAUGAUUGGCUCUAUCUGUGUCACCGUCACACAAGUUUAGGGCAGUGUGAUUGGCUGUAUCAGUGACAUCAUCACAUACAGAACAGUAACAGGCAAUAUGAUUGGCUCUAUCUGUGUCACCGUCACACAAGUCUCGGGCAGUGUGAUUGGCUGUAUCAGUGACAUCAUCACAUACAGAACAGUAACAGGCAAUAAGAUUGGCUCUAUCUGUGUCACCAUCACACAAGUCUCGGGCAGUGUGAUUGGCUGUAUCAGUGACAUCAUCACAUACAGAACAGUAACAGGCAAUAUGAUUGGCUCUAUCUGUGUCACCAUCACACAAGUCUCGGGCAAUGUGAUUGGCUGUAUCAGUGACAUAUCGUCACCCGACUGUGCAGUAACAGUUUUUAAGAGAUUGUUGAUAUAAGUAUCAAAAUGAUUGAAUUUUGUAUGUACAGUGAAGGAGCAUUUUUACUUGCUCAAUGGCUAUUCUCUCUUUUUUAAGAGGUCUAUAUAUUGAAUUUAUUUUAACAUAUUUUAUUUUAAAACAAAUACAAAGUAAGUUUCACUUAUGAUUUUUUAUUUCAUUUUUUGCAUGAAAUUAAAAACCAGAAAUAUCAUGAAAAAUUCUGGAAUGCUUAUACAUCAUUCAAAAAUUAUGAAUAUUGAAAAAAGGUUUAGGGCUGUUCCAAAAUCAUCUGUGUAGGAGGAGUGGGAAACCCCACCACCUAUCCCAUCCCUCCCACACUGAUAAUUUUGGAAUAGCCCUUAAUUUAGGGUGAACUUUUUCAAUAUACAGCUUUGUCAUAAUUUCCCAAUCAAAAUUUUGUUUUAUUUUACUUUUAUGUAAUGACAUUAAAAUAGAAAUUUUCAAGCAAGAUCAAAUUAUAUAGAGAUAUCUGUAUUCCAUAAGCCUUGGAUUGUCAGAAUAACUUAUUCUUAUUUUCAAAUAAAAUACAUGCUGCAUACCUACACCAUUUCAAUUAGCACUAUAUAUUUUUCUUAUUUAAUUUUAGCAAAUCUGUAUGACAAAUAAUAUUUUAAUUUCACAAAUUUUUUUUUAAAUGACACUGUUUUGUGCCAUAAUAUAUAUAUAAUUAUUCUGUCGAAAAAAAAUAUUGCAUAUUAUUAUUACUGUAAUUAUAGAAAGAGAAGAAAUUCAUUUGUUGUUUGUAUAGUUUGAAUUCAUGUCUACAUGAUGAAUCAUGAAUUAAAAAAUAAAAUGUUAGUGACUGGUGUUGCGAUUAAUCAACUAUAAGCUAAAAUAACAACAUGGAAGGUUUCAGGGUUUAGAUUGUUAAGACAGCAGACUUCGAAAAUAAUAAAUGAACAAAAUCACUGGUAAAUUUUAUACAUCUAAAAUGCAUAAUAAUAACAAUUUAAAAUAUGGCUUUAUCCAUGAAACAUUCCGAAUUAGCCUUAACAUUUUGCUCCAUUUUGGAGAUUUUUUUCUGCAGAUAUUUCCUUUCCUGUUCGUAAUCGCCAUCAAUUUUUUUUUUUUUAUAACAACCGAUCAUGAAUUUUUAUUUGAUUCUCACCACUCAUAUGGGAAUCUAGACUGAAAAUCUGUGUAUCGUUUGUUGAUUUAAUUAUAGACAGUCAGGAAGAAUCAUAAGUUAGUUGAUGUAUAGUAGUGUACAGGAGUUAAAUGGCUAAUUAUUGCAAUUUGUAUGAUAAUGAAUGAAAACUGUAUGGAGAGAGAUUGUGGUGACUGAUGUAAUCAUGCAAAGUUUGUAUGGAGUGAGGUUGAAUAGAUGUUAAGGUCAAUUUUAAAAUAUUCAGAUUUGUAAAAAUGUAAAUAAGUUUAUCCCUCUUGCCAAACUUUUGAGACAUAUCAUGUCAAUGUACCAGAAUGUGUUCAGCAUGAAUGAACUAGUUCAAUGCUCAUUAUUUUUAUAUAAUAUGCUUCAUGUUAAUUUUUUACAUGAAUUAUGGAAAAUAAAGAAUUUUUAUUUA